AUGAGCUCGCCGCGUAAGCCUACCGGACGUCAAGCUCGGAAGCCGCCCAAGCUCGCUCACGACUGGGACCGCCCAGAAGCAGGGCCAGAGGAGGUCUUUGACAUUCAAUCUAUUUCGUCGGAUGAGGAGAGCGUCGCUGCAUCUUUCAAAGCGAUCAGCAGCAUGCCUUCACGAAACAAGGCCGCUGCAGCGCCACGAGCCAAACCGAGUGCUUCGUCAAAGUCUUCCAACCAGCAGCCAUCUUCACAGGACAUCGUAGAGAUCUCGGCUGACGAGUCUCUGGGUCACGGCCAGAAUGGGCACGAUGACAUGGACAUGUCCGACUUUGAGGAUGUCGACGUGGAAGGGCAGGCAACCGCUGAAGGGUCUCAGGCAGGCAGUGACGACCUCGACAUGGAGGACGUUGACGUCGAAGCAGAUCAGUCGGCACAGGAUCUGCAGGACAUGUACGCGGCUGCCUACCGCGAUAUUCAAGCCAAGUACGGCGACGGCACCGGCGACUACGACGGAGAAGGCGGCAUAGAGGAGGACGCAGAUCAGGCUGCCGACGAUGGUUCCUCUGGGUCCAAGCAGAUCCCCAUCUUCAAAGACGGCAAGGGUCAGCAUCGUGGCGUCGAGAUCUCUAUGGGCAGCAAGACUAGCAAACAGACCGACUCUCCCAAGCAAAAGUCAAACAACUUCCUCACGCCUCGCGACCGACAGAAUCGGAUCACCGCCCAUAAGCUCCUUGUUCUGUCCAUGCUUGCUCACACUCGGGUGCGCAACCAGUGGUGCAACGACGGCCAGCUCCGCGAUACGCUGGCGGAAACAGUGCCAGACUACCUCAUCACCAAGCUUCGGUCAAUCCAUCCGAAGAAGGUCACAGAGCAGCGCGAGAGGAUCCGCAUGUUCGAGAGCUUCCUCUCGGAUCUGGUGCACUGGUGGUCGUCGAGAUUCCGCCUGGAUCCCACCAUGGUGGCAAAGUCGGCCCUCCGUCAGCCCGACCAGGACAUUGCGACCGGUGUCAUCCCGAGCUCCGGAAGACGGGUCGACGGCUGGAUCGUCGAAACAGCUUCGGAGCGAGAACAACGUCAUCGACGAGAGCGAAGGGAGCAAUUGCGAUACAAAGAAGCGAAAGAGCGGCAAGCCAAGACGGACGCGGAGGCGAAUGGGCAAGGCAAGGGCAAAGGCAAAGCCAGGGACACCUCAUCGAAUGGCACCUCGGCGGCCGUCUCGCUCAAGCCACCGACAAAGGCGAUGGAGAUCACCAUCUUUGCGCCAGGCUCAGCCAUCCGACCCAUCUAUCUGCGUCUUCUCCCAGCAGCAGAGGACAUCGCUUCUCCUGCAGGGUUGAAAAAGCGUGCGGAAGAACGAUCGGGUUCAAGAGAGACGAGCGCUCAGCUCUUCUGCGCCCUGUGUCGCUCUAUAGGUAUCCCAGCUCGGCUUGUCGUAAGUCCACAACCGCUAUCGUGGAGCGUGGGUGCCAGCAAGCUUGCAAACACCGCUCAGCCUGGUAGUCAAGCGGACAAGAAGCCCAACAAGCUCCGUGCUGGAGCUAAGAAAUCAGCAUCACGUCGAUUCGCCUCCAAGCCGGUCAACGAGUUCACUUCGGAUGACGAGGAUGGCACCUACAGUGCAUCGGGAGCAUCGUCGACUGCACGAAGCAAAGGAUCCGUGCGAGCGAUCAGCGUCGAUUCGCUAUCAUCCGCAGACGAGGCGAGAGCCAGCGAUACCAGCAAAAGCAAGCGAAAAGCUGCUGUCGGUGGCAAGACCGCCAAAGAUAAUGAGGAUCUCACCAAGAAAGCGGUCCUCAGCGCUGCAGCCAAGACACCCAAUGGCAAGGGCAAGCCAGCCCGUCGGGGUGACCAGAGCUCACCCAUUACUCUGGACGAUACCGCUUCGGACGCUUCUUCCACUCGAUACGUCUCCAGCUCAAAAAAGACGAAAGCUCACGCGAUCGUCACCGCCACCGUCAAGGGAAAAGGCAAAGCUCGCCAAAUUGAAACCAUCGAGAUCGAGCCCCUGCCCGGCAAUCGGGAAAAGAGCUCUGACGAGGACUAUCGCCCCGACAAAUGGAAGAACCUCAAGGCGCCCCUCAAAGUCGAGCACAAGAUCAAGCUGCGUGCCUUCCGUCCUAAGCAGCUCAAGGACUCCGAGGUGGCGGGGGACGACACGACUGCGGACCCGGUCGAUCUGCAAGCGCCGCCGACCAUGUGGGUCGAAGUGUUCUCCAAACCCUACCAAAAGUGGAUCACUGUCGACCCUGUCCGAUCCAUGAUCCGACCUUCGGGAAACCGCCACAUGGAGCCGCCCGGCUUUGACAGGCAGAACAAGCUAAUCUACGUCGUCGCGUUCGAGGAGGAUGGCUAUGCGCGCGACGUCACUGCGCGAUACACCAAGACGCUCAACUCGCGCGUCUCACGCUUGCGUCCACCGACCCGGGCCAAAGGCGAGGAGGACUGGUGGACCAAAGUCGUCCGCUCCAUCCAUCGCCCGCAGAAGCUCGACCGCGAUGCGAUGGAAGACGCCGAGCUGCAGGACAACAGCUCCCGCGAACCCAUGCCGUCGUCCAUGAACGGCUUCAAAGACCAUCCGAUCUACUUUUUGGAAAAAUUCCUCAAGCGAGACGAGGUCAUCUUCCCCCGACGGCAGAUUGCGACGUUUCAGGGCACGCCCGUGUUCGCCAAGUCGGACGUGCAGACGCUGCGCUCUUCGCGACAGUGGUUCAACGAGGGUCGGGUGGUCAAGGACGGCGAGGCAGCGCUGAAGUGGGUCAAAUCGCGUGGGUAUACGUUGGCCAACAAGCGAGCCGAGGAGCAGGCCAAGCUGGAAGGCAGGGAGGUGGCACAGGAAGGGUUGUACGCCGAAUUUCAGACGCAGCUGUACGUGCCUCCGCCGGUCGGGGAGGACGGCGUGAUCCCCACCAACGGGUUCGGAAACAUCGACCUGUUCGUGCCUUCAAUGCUGCCCGCUGGCGCUGUGCACCUGGCGUACAGCGGCGUGGCCAAAGUUGCCAAGAAACUCGGCGUGCCGUAUGCAGAGGCGAUCACAGGGUUCGAGUUCCGCAAGCAGCGCGGCAUGCCCAAGAUCACAGGUGUCGUUGUCGCCCAGCAGAACGCCGAGCUGGUGGAGGAAGCUUUCUGGCAGCAAGAACAGCAGGACGCGCUGAAACAGCAGACCAAGAAGAUGGAGCGGGCGAUGAAGAAUUGGCGCAAGCUUAUCAACGCUGUUCGCAUAGCAAAACGCGUCAAGGAGCAGUACGGGGAUAAGAUGAUCAAGGAGUCGAAGGGGAGCAAGAAGAAGUCUGUGAAGGACCAUAGCGUUGGCGAUGAGCAGGAUGGUGGGGAGAAGAGUCGCUUCUUUGCUCCCAAGUCCGAUGCUGCCGAGCCCGCGGCUGAUGUGUCACUCGACACGACAGCGGAAGACCUCGACAUCGACACACCGAUGGACGACAUCCCUGAACCGACAUCCGCACCAUCCACAGCAGCAUCGACCCCAUCCAAACGCAAGAAGAUCAUCUCGCUUGCGCAGCUCGCGUCCACAUCUAGCCACCCGGACGACGGCAACACGAGCUCGGACGCUAGCCCCUCCCCUCCGCCAGCCGAGGCUCCACCGGCGAAACGACCGCGCAAGUCGGCAACUCGCUCCGACGAGGCGGCAGAACCAGCAUCAUCAACACCGGCCAAACGGCCGCGACGAACCCCGACGACGCCAUCGAAGACUGUCCAGGCAGAACCCACUUCGGCCCGCCGCAGCGCCCGUUCCCGCACGAGCAAGGCCUACGCCGAGCCAGACACAGAUGUCGACGACGACGCCGAAGCCGAUGACGGGAUCGUCGUCCAACUCGACGCCCCAACCGCAGACGAAGAGCCAUCCAGUCGUCGCACCAGCCGUCGCAUCACAGUCAAGCUCACGCCCAAGAAGUGA